ACAGAUGUUUGACAAUGACACUCCUAUAUUUGAUGCUUCAUUCAACUUUCUCAGUGACAAGAAAUUGACUUCGGUACCAUUGAAAGCCUUUAAGGGUUCUAGGUUCAAUGUAUUGUUUAGCAACGCAGCCUCUAUCUUUUUCCUACAUGAACAAAUGAUUUCAUUCUUGGAAAGUGUUGGUUGUUCAAACAAACUUCAAAAAGCUGUAUUGCAUGACUUGAAAGUUACUGAGUUCAUUUCUGGUACUAAGGCUCUUGCUCUAGUGAGUAAGUUAAGUACUUGUCCAUUGUGGUAUGUUUUAGAAGACAAACAUGUAUCAUUAUCUGAUAUGAAUGAGAAGUACCUAGCAGUGGUGAAUUUUCUGCAAAAUGCCUCGGCUAAUGUCGAACAGUUCAUGUCUGGAAAUCUCGUGUUGUUUGAAGAACAUGUACAGAAAUUUUGCAUAUAUGAGUCAUUGAUAGAGCCAAGGGAUUAUGAUGGCGUAUGCCAAGUAUUUGUUCAAGUUAUUUUAGGAACCUUACCUCAAAUGUCACAGAUAUUGUAUGAAGAGCAUCUUCCAGGUAGGGAGUUUGCGUCUGUGGAUCCUAACCUCAUAAAAGGAAAUCCAAAAACCUCAGCAUUCGCUGAAAGUGUCUUUGGACAAUUAGACCAAUUACUUAGGUCAAAACCGAACAUUACCCCAUUAGCAGCCGAAUCAUAUAUAAUGUUUCUCAACAACAAAACCAUGGACUGGUUAUCUGCCAAGGAAGAAACAGAAAAGAAUGAGUUGAUUGGAAUGGCAUCAAAACAGAUACAGAAGUACAGGGUGAACUAUAAAGCAAGGCUUCGUGAAAUAAACAGGAAGAAGCAAGAGAAAAUACAGGAGAAAGUUAGACAAAAGGAAAAAACAAGAACGAGAAAGAUUAAAAAAGCAGACUGAGUAUACCAACAAUAUAGUAAUGCAUGGUUUGUGGCAUUGUCAAAAUGAAGUAGACAAUAUGUUGUCAUCAUACAGUAAUGACAGUGAGAAAAUUGAAGCAUUAAAAGCACAGAUAAAGUUCAGGAAAGAAGUUUUAAAUCAAGUUCCAGAUGAAAAAAAAAGACAUUUAAUUUAACCAAAUCAGUUCAAGGAAAAAAACGAGAAAGACAUUAUCUUUAGCCGAGUUAACUGCUAAUCUGAAGUCACUAGUUUGCCAAGCUAUUGUGAAGGACAAUCAAACGGAGCAACACAUUCUUUUGGGGAAAAGGGUCAAACAUCGAAUUGAGGAGAUGAAAAAUGGACAAAAAAAC